CAGAUGUUGUUUGUUGAUGCAAAAUCAGAAAAGUGCAUGAAAAUGCAUUUUUAUUUUAUUUUUACCGGCAUGCAAAACGUUUGGGAAAAAAUAGUUGAAUAACUUUGUUGGAUAAUUCUGAAAUAUCUUUGUAAUAAUACUGUUAAGUUUGUAAAGCGACUUAUUUAAUAAUGUCACUGUUUGUUGCUGAAAUCAAAUGCUAUGAAAAAUUUCAAAAGGAUGUGCUGUUGCAAAUCUUAAACUCCAAACGUUUGCUAAUUGACCAUGUCGAAAUCCUCGAGGAAUGCUAUAAUGAAAUCACACAAAAGGAAUCAAGCCAUUAUCUCACUGCCAGAAAAUUAGCCGCUCUCGGUUCGAUUCCAGUUGCAAUUAGCUUCCUGUCCAGCAAAUUCAAAAGCGGAUGGCAAAACUCGAUUUCCGCUUUGGUUGUCGCUUACGGCACCUGCUAUGGAAUAAAAUGCUUCAACAAAUACCGAUACCGAGUCCAGAUGAAACAGCUGGAAACUUUCAUCCAUUCGUUGGAACAGUUUGAAACGGCUGUAAGGAAAAAUCUGCUCUUCCUGAACGAAAGACAACAUUCGCGAGAGAUGAAAGAUUCGAUGGAGAAAUCCGGACUGGAUUCAUUCGUAGGCAACUGUGUAAAAAGUUGCGUUGAAACCAUCAAAGCGGUUCACCGCGCUGUGAAGCAAUUGGAACAGGAUUUUGUAUUAACGGAAAGAUGGGACAGCUUGUACUCCCCGAUUGAGUCGUUGGAAGAUUGUGAACUGUUCUCCGAAACCGUCGUUGCAAACGUGAAAAGUCCUAGAGAUAUAAAAGAUUACUACAACGUAUUUGCCUACAUGCAAUCUCAGUUACUAACGCGUCUUGCUCUGGCUGUUACUUGUGGGCUGUCAGCCAUGGGUCGUUGCGGUCUGUCGGAACUUGGUGCAAAACUAGAUGAUCAAACAGUCCUAUGUUUGUCUCAGUUUAACACGAUUGUUGAUCCCAAUCGAAAACGAGCUCCUCGCAUAGUAGUAGAGUCGCUUUCGCCUGAACUAUCUCACCUGCGAACACUGACAAUGAGUUUAUCCGCCAAGCUUUACAGUACCGUCCAUCGAUACAAUGAAAUCGAAAAGAUUUUGGAUGAAACAGUAACGGAUUUAGUCAAGAGCAAAAGUUCGAACCAGACACAAGACCAACUAGCAUUAUCCAUGGAAGAAGUCAUCAAUGAUUUAGGUGCUUCGGCUGACGAAUGUCAACGACUGUUGAUCACAUGGAAGAAGCUGUUCAAUAAAGAUGAUAGUGACACGCAGCUAGAAAUUGAUGCCAGAUUCAAAGAAGGUGCAGAGCCAGCCCUGGAUAUGAUGCCUAAUGAAGAUCGAGUAUUUAGCGAGCAAGACAAACCCUGUAUCAAAGACGAAUUCUUCGCGGUGGAUGGAACCGAUACCGCGCGGGUGGAAGAAGAUGACCGAAGAUCAUCGAACUCGAUCGAUGAUCUGGAAAGCAUCAACGCAAAAAUUAUAAAACGACACUUCAAACCAGUCCUGGUGCAGUUGCGAGAACGUAUCGUGCCUAUAAGUGUCGAAUUCAAAGAACGCGAAAAGCGUGCGUUGAGAGACAAGGGAAUCGAUGUCGUUGAUUCAGACGAGGAACCAAGUGCCGAUGAGGAAAGCCCAAACCUGCCGAGAAGAACGGUUUACAGUAGUGAUUCGGAGGACGACCAAGGACGGGAUGAGCGGGAGGCAAUUAAGCUCCAGAGAAGUGUUCAACGUUACGAAGAUAUGCGUGGUUUCUUGGCCAAUAAAGAGCAGUUUAAUAUCUUUGGAUUGAAACCGGUGACAAGCAUGGUUGAGGAAGAAGUUCUUGAAUAAAUUUCAAUAUGUUUCUACCCAAGUUUGUUCA